CGGAAGUAGCAAGGGGAAUUCCUAGCUUGUCAACUUGCAUCGGUUUUUAGAACAUGCUGUAACGUUAGCCAAGCGAGCCGAAGCUUGUAAUUUUCGUGUGUGGUUUUUCCUCGCUAAAGAAAAUGACGGAUGUCUUACGUUACAAUUAUUUUUAAUCAGACAGAUGUAAUUUUGGUUCGCUAGUGUCAUAGCUAGCUAACGUUGCGUAUCGCCCUCAACCAAAUUUAGCCAACGUUGAAGUUACAACGCUAGCGUGCUAACAUUAACGGUUAGUUUAGUUUUCUGCUGGAUAACGUUACACCAGGCUCCGGGUGAAUAGUGGUGGUUUAUUUACACGUCGGCCUGUCCUUGGUUCUCCCAGUCUAAUGGUUCAGCCCCAGCCCAACGCCGGGAGCACACUGCAGUUGGAGAUGAACGGGGAGGAGGCGGUGGGCGCCGGAAGCAAUGGUUCGCUCGGCCCCAGUUCCCAAGGCUCCCUUCGGGUUCCGCCUGAGCUGGCUGGCAAUGAGGUGGUGCUAAGGCUGGUUGGAGACAACUACCAGCUGCGAGAGGCGUUGAAGAGGAGUAAUGACUCUCUACGGGAGCGGUGCGGAGAGAUGGAGGGGUGGCAGAGGAAGGCCAAGGAAGAGAGGGAGUUCCUCAGCUGCCGCUUUCGUGAGGCCAAGGCCUUGGUGGAGCGACUUGCACAGGAGAACCAGGUCCUGCUGGGGAAGGUCAGCCACAACGGCGGCCUCCCAGGAAACCGCAGCAAGACCACCCUCAUGGAAUCAGGAAGUCAGGCUCCCGACCCAGACGUGAAGAGCCCGCCAUCGGAGAGAAAUGGCUUGCAAGAUUUCCGAGAUUCAACAGGGGAACACUUGGAUGCAGAGAAAGGGGACAUGGCAAAUCCCAGGAGUUUGUCUUGUGGGAGUGAGAGUAGCUCUCUCAGUAGCUUGUCCACCAGUGUGGAUGACUUUCAGCCCUUCCAGGAGAACAGUGGGGAUAGUAAGCCCUGUGAAGGAUCCAACGAGUUUCUGCAGCUGCUGAAGACCCACAAGGAGAAGCUGGAGGAUGGGAUGCGGGUGCUCAGGAAGAGGAAUGACGAGCUGGAGAGGGAGAAGGCCGAGGGUGAAAUGGAGAAGGAGGCGCUGCGCUCUGCUCUGGACCAACUGCAGGCUCGACUCAGUCAGCUCUCUCAGCAGCAGAGUGGAACUGUGAUGGUCGAGGCAGUUCAAAGGUCAGAUGUUCCACAUAUGGCCUCUGACAGUGGUUCCCAGUUGUCCAAGAUGAAAGAUCAGCUCCAGGCUACGCAAGAAAGGUAUAAGGAGCUGCAGGAGAAACUGGACUGUCUCCAGAAGAGCUCUGUGCACAGAGACCGAGCUGAGGUCCAGCUUAAGCAGAAGGAAAAGGACUGUGCACAGUUGGCCAAAGACUGCGAGGCCCUGAAGGCUCAGGUGACGUCUCUGUUGGGGGAGCUGCACGAGAAGCAGAGUGGCCUGGAGAAAAGUGACGAGAAGAGAAGGGACCUGGAGGAGAAACUGAGCAGUAAGACGGAGACCCUGCAGACGCUGGAGAGAGACAUGGAACAGCAGCGGAGGCAGCACACGGUCACUGUGGACAAGCUGCUCAUGCAGGUGCAGAACCUGGAGGCGGCCCUCAAGAAUGACCGCCUGGUCAUCACCGAGGAGAGGAGGAAGCUGGCUCAACUCCAGCACGCGUACACGUGUCUGUUCCAGGACUACGACGCCAAACUGAAAGCCGAGAAUCAAACCAAAAGGGGGGGCGAGGUGGGUGACCUUUCGAACAGGCUGGUGGAGGCCGAGAAGGCGCUGGCUUUGAAGCAGGAACUCAUCGACAAACUCAAGGAGGAGGUGGAACAGCAGAGGAGCGCUCUGGAGACCAUCCCAGUGCUCACUGCACAGGCAGAAAUCUAUAAAGCAGAUUUCCUGGCAGAGCGGUCAGCUCGGGAGAAGCUGAACGCUAUCAAAGAGGAAAUGCUGGAGCAGCUGAACCAGGCCAAGUCCGAGAUGGAGCGCCUCAAGCAGGAAGGCUCCUCCCGAGCGCGGUUGGAGGCCAUGCAGCACAGGCACCAGCACCCGCACCUCCCUGUUCCUGCACCAUUCAAUCCAGCCCAGCCGCCCCCAUCCUUCCGUAGCGGUGCUGAGGAGCAGCCGGACUUCCGCUGCCCAAAGUGCCGGUACCAGGCCCCCGACAUGGACACCUUGCAGAUCCACGUCAUGGAUUGCAUCCAGUGAAACCCCCUCCUCCCCCUGCAGAGAAGGUUAUGGGGUGGGAUG